AUGGCCGCCAUCACAGAAAUCGACGCUCAUGAGCAGCCCUCGGAUGAGAUGAGGGCAAAGUGGAAAUCAUGGGCUAGAAUGGAUGCAAAAGAUGUCAAAGACCACCCCCGAAUCGACGACCCCCGCAAAGCGCCGGAAGAGAGCGGCUUCAUCCAGACGAGUAGCAUCACCAAAGCGCAAAGGCGAAAGGCGUUUUCGCAGUUUGGCCAAGAGUACGCCGACGAGGCCGACGAGGAUAUCCCCAUCCUACACCACCCGCUUCUACCAGGCCUCUUAAUAGCACCAUCCCUCGUGCCCCCUGCUGUGCAGGUGGCCGCGCUCGACAAGAUGCUGCACCGGGACCUCAGCAACCCCGAGCACCAGACCAACAUGCACCUCCACUACGACCUGCCCUACCCGGCCGGUGCCACCGUCGCCACGCGCUCCUUCUUCUCCCUCGCGCCCGAGUCCGCCGCUCGCUUCACGCCCAAGGACCCGUCGGUGCACAAGCCGCUGACCGCGAAGCAGGUGCUGUCGCGGCGCCUGCACUGGGUCACGCUCGGCGGGCAGUACGACUGGACGAAUCGUGUGUACCCCGAGGGCCAGGACGCGGCGGCAUUCCCGGUGGACAUUGCGCGCUUCCUGGCCGCCCUGUUCCCCGCGACGGACGCGCAGGCCGCCAUUGUCAACCUCUACAGCCCUGGCGAUACCAUGAUGCUGCACCGCGACGUCAGCGAGUUCACCGACAAGGGCCUGGUCAGUCUGAGCUUUGGCUGUGACGGGCUGUUUAUGAUUGCGCCCAAUACGCCGGCGGGCGGGGGAGAGGGGGCAGAGGCGCAGGCGCAGGCGCCGCCGUCGGACAAGGACUAUCUGCUGCUGCGUCUGCGGUCGGGCGAUGCCAUUUACAUGACGCAGGAGUCGAGGGUGGCAUGGCAUGGCGUGCCCAAGAUUGUGCCGGACACCUGCCCCGAGUAUCUCGAGAACUGGCCGGCGCAGGCUGACGGCCACGGUCAGUUUGGAGCGUGGGAGGGCUGGAUGAGGAGUAAGCGGAUAAAUUUGAAUGUUAGACAAGUGCGAGACUAG